UCCUCGUUGCUCUUGGAAACUCUAAGACUCAAAAAAGGUGGCGCUAGCCUCGUCUUCAGGCAGGGGCACUCGCGGGAGGCGGGGGUCAAGCUGCAGCCUUCACCUGGAGCGCUGCGAGCCCGGAGUGGAGAGCGGUGCUGUGGAACGUCCCCGACUACAACCCCCGGCAUGCUCUGCAAGGCCUCUGGUGUGGCUGUCUCUGAUGGAGUCAUCAAGGUGUUCAAUGACAUGAAGGUGCGUAAGUCUUCAACGCCAGAGGAGGUAAAGAAGCGCAAGAAGGCUGUGCUCUUCUGCCUGAGUGAGGACAAGAAGAACAUCAUCCUGGAGGAGGGCAAGGAGAUCCUGGUGGGCGAUGUGGGCCAAACUGUCGAUGACCCCUAUGCCACCUUUGUCAAGAUGCUGCCAGAUAAGGACUGCCGCUACGCCCUUUAUGAUGCAACCUAUGAGACCAAGGAGAGCAAGAAGGAGGACCUGGUGUUUAUCUUCUGGGCUCCUGAGUCUGCGCCCCUUAAGAGCAAAAUGAUCUAUGCCAGCUCCAAGGACGCCAUCAAGAAGAAGCUGACAGGGAUCAAGCAUGAAUUGCAAGCAAACUGCUACGAGGAGGUCAAGGACCGCUGCACCCUGGCAGAGAAGCUGGGGGGCAGUGCUGUCAUCUCCCUGGAGGGCAAGCCUUUGUGAGCCCCUUCUGGCCCCCUGCCUGGAGCAUCUGGCAGCCCCACACCUGCCCUUGGGGGUUGCAGGCUGCCCCCUUCCUGCCAGACCGGAGGGGCUGGGGGGAUCCCAGCAGGGGGAGGGCAAUCCCUUCACCCCAGUUGCCAAACAGACCCCUCACCCCCUGGAUUUUCCUCCUCCCUCCAUCCCUGACGGUUCUGGCCUUCCCAAACUGCUUUUGAUCUUCUGAUUCCUCUUGGGUUGAAGCAGACCAAGUUCCCCUGAGGCCUCCCAGUUGUGGGGAGAGCCUGUAUUUUUUUUAACAACAUCCCCAAUCCCCACUUGUUCCUCCCCCUUCCCAUGCUGCCAACUUCUAACCGCAAUAGUGACUCUGUGCUUGUCUGUUUAGUUCUGUGUAUAAAUGGAAUGUUGUGGAGAUGACCCCUCCCUGUGCCGGCUGGUUCCUCUCCCUUUUCCCCUGGUCACUGCUACUCAUGGAAGCAGGACCACUAAGGGACCUUCGAUUUAAAAAAAGACAAUAAAAAGACUCAUUAA